GAGGCGGAAUUGCGCUUGUCUGUGAAAGAAAGCCAUCGCUUCCGUAUAAAAAAGAAAAUUUUAAUUCGAAAAUUAUGUGAAAAUGGUGCUAAAAUUUGUGUCAAAUUGUAUGUUAAUGUAAAAGGCAUACAUUUAGUAAUUCGACGGCGAUAUUUAUUUGUUUUAAGUUCGAAAAAAAGUCUGUAACAUACGCCGAUUUAAUGUGUGUUAGUGUUUUAUGCAUGCAAUUGCGUGCGUUUGUGUAUGUGUGUGUAGAUUUGUUAUUCGCGCGGCAAAUGUGCAAUUGAAAUCAAAAAUAAGUAAACGGUAGCUAAAAUGUUAAGCUCAAAUUAAAAAAAAACCAUCAUCUUACGCCAAUGUUUUAAAGAAAACCCAGAAAAUUCGUCGUUUGCUUGCUAGGGUCGGCCAGUGUGUUUGUUUUUUAUUUGUGGGUUUUUGCAAAGUCAAAAACUAAAGAGCCGAAACGAACUGCAAAAGCAAAGUAAGCGGCAAGAUGCCGGCAACAACAAAACUAUGGUUUUUGUUGUUGUUGUUAGUUUGUAUGCGGUCGCAGUUGGCGUUGUCAUCGCCGCAGCCGAGGCAACUGUCGCUGCACCAGCAACAGGAGUCCACAACAACAUUGAAGCCGUUGGCCGAGAAAGAUCCCUGUCCAGCCUCCUAUUUCACAUGCAAUGAUGGCUUUUGCAUACCAAUGCGGUGGAAAUGCGAUUCGAAGCCCGAUUGUACAGACGGCUCUGAUGAGGGCAGUGAAUGCGCCAAGGCCCCCAAAUGCAACGAGGGACAAUUUCAGUGUGCCCAGACUUUAAAGUGCAUACCAGACAAUUGGCUGUGCGAUGGCGAAGACGAUUGCGGCAAGGGCGAUUUAUCCGAUGAGAAAAAUUGUCACGAUACUGAGGCACCGAAUUGUCGCGACUUUGAAGGCGAGUGCCACAAUGGCGUGUGUCUGGAGUUGUCCCGCUUUUGCGAUGGCCACUGGGACUGUGAUAAUGAUGAGCUGCAAUGUGAUAAGCAAAAUGCCGCCUGUGCCGCGCUCAAUUGCAGCUAUAACUGCAAGCUGACACCUCAAGGAGCGCGUUGCUACUGCGCUGCUGGUCAGGUGCCCGAGUCCCUCAACUCGACGCGAUGCAUGGACUACGAUGAGUGCAGUGAGUCGGGCGCCUGUGAUCAAUUAUGCCGCAAUACGCCCGGCUCCUAUGAGUGUGAAUGCGUGUCGGGAUAUGUGAAGCAGGGCAGGCGCUGCCUGGCCAUCAAUGUGCCAGCAACGGAGCCGGCCACAUUAACGAUGCUAUCCGUUAGCGGUAUACGACGCAUUAACACUGCUCCAAAAGUGGAGCCCUCAGCACGGCUCCUGUCCACCCAGCCAGUGAGUCAUGUCCUGGCAUUUGAAGUGUGGCACCGGAAUCGCACAUUGUGUGCACUACACAACAAUUGGACUGAUCUGUACAUGCAGUGUCAGCGAAUUGACGAUGCCAAUGUUAACUGGACGCUGGCCGUGUCGCCUUUUAUAUCGCCCCUGCAAUUUUUCGUGGAGCUGCGUCUGGACUGGUUAUCUCGCAAUUGGUAUUUGCUGAAUGAGGACGAUGGUCUUGUGUACUUGUGCACUAAUGCCAUGACAUAUUGUCGUGUGAUAUUGUCGGAAGUGCAGCAUCCGUCUUCCUUAGUGCUCGACCCACUUAACGGUUAUAUGUUCUAUACCGACGGAUCGCCCAGCUUAUCCCGGUCUCUACUGGAUGGCAAAAAUGUCACAUCGUUGGUGACCACACAGAUAUAUCAUCCCAGUAGCGUCACUCUGGACUUGCCCAACAAGCAGGUGUAUUGGAUUGACAUCUACAAGGAUCUCAUUGAGCGCGUUGACUACGAGGGCCAACGGCGCUGGUCAUUGAAGAAGACUGCUGAUUCGCUAAUGCCACUAAAAAAUAUACAGGCUGUCGAAGUGUUUGAGAACUCAAUAUUUCUGGCACCCUGGACUGAGCGGGCUGUGGUUACGCUGGACAAGUUCACGCUGAAGACGUCCUUACUGUUGAGCAACGUUAGUCGCGGCACAAAUUUCCGCAUAUUCCAUCGCCAAAAACAACCGGAGGUUGCACAUCCGUGCCGCGACAAUAACGGGAACUGCAAUCAAAUUUGCGUGCCACAUUGGACCCGCGGAUUUGCCAGCGCCAAGUGCCUGUGCACGGCUGGAUAUCAGCUUCACAAUCUAACAACGUGCUUCCUAGCCGCACACGAUAAGUUUUUAGUAUAUAGUGAUAAGAGGUUGGGGCGAAUUAGCGGUGUUCCAUUAAACACAGAGGAUGUGCAAAAAUCAAUGGAACGCGGUGACGAGCCAGACGUAAUGGUGCCUAUGUUCUAUAAUUCGUUUGCUUUGGAUGUGAAUGUGCGCGGCAAGUCCAUCUAUUUUGUGGUGGCAAAUGGCGCAGUUGGAAUCGACGAUGAUGCCAAUUAUAGCAUUCGGAGUCAGUCGCUUAAUGGUAGUGUAUCGCGUAUUCUGAGUAGCGGCCUCAAGAAAGCAUCGACCUUGGCCUACGAUUGGAUCAAUGAGCAUUUGUAUUGGACAAAUCAUCACAAGCUUCAUGUGGCACCGGUGCGUAAUAUGAGCAAGAUUCUCACAUUUAACACGGACUGCGAUGCAAUGUCCUUGGAACUCGAUCCAACAACGGGACUGCUGUACUGGGCCCAAUGGGCUUUUCUUUCCUGUGAAGCUGGCAUCUACAGCGCCUGGAUGGAUGGCACGCACAAAGAGGUGCUUGCUAAGAGCACCAGCGAGAUGCCGAUGCAGCGACCGCGUAGUCUGGACGUUGAUCGUCGCACUAAACGCCUGUACUGGUGUGACUUGCACGCGGGCACAAUCGAGCGCAUGAAACUUGACGGCACUAGCCGUGAGAUACUCUUCAAAUCACAUCAAUUCUAUCCUUACUCCAUGGUGCAGCAUAACGGCAUGAUCUUCUGGUCGGACAGCAAAAAUGCGACUAUCUGGCGCUUCCACAUGCAUCAUGCUAAUUUAAGCAGCACCUUCAGUUCUACGAUGCAUUUACAGCAAACCGGGCGAGCGUCGGAUUUGCGCAUUUUUGACGUCGCUACGCAGCCCAUGCCCCAGACACCCAGCGCCUGUGCGCUAUCCAAAUGCCCCGGAUUGUGCCUGAACACGCCCAAAGGCGCUAUUUGUCGCUGCCCCGAUCGCUACACACUAAACGGCACCGGCACCCAUUGCAUACCACAAUUGGCAUCGGUCCUAACACCAGUGCGAGCGAAUUGUACGUCGGGGUUCCAAUGCCGGAGCACGCGACAGUGCAUCGACGGCAAGGAUCUGUGUGACGGCUUUGACGAUUGCGACGAUGGCAGCGAUGAGAGCAGCGAUGCCUAUGGGCCGUGCAAUCCCCUUAGCUGCGACAAGACACUGCACUUUGUGUGCAAUGGCCGUUGCUAUCAGCGUGCGCUCCUCUGCAGCUCGAUCGCCUAUUGCUCCGAUGGCUCCGAUCAGCGCAACUGUGAACACAACACUUGCAACAGCAACGAGUUCACGUGCGAAAAGAGUGGUCGCUGUAUUCAGCAGAGCUGGGUCAAUGACGGCGUUAUUGAUUGUGGACCGGACGAUGAUUCGGAUGAGUCCGGCGAAGAUGUUACGGAUAUAUUUCUGUCGGGCAGCAAGUGUCCAGAAUUCGACUGUGGCAAUGGACGUUGCCGGCAGCUCUCGGACUUAUGUGACGGCAUUGAUAAUUGCGGCAACAAUGCUGACGAGUUCAAUUGUGAACUAGAAUGUGGUCACGGGGAGCGAUAUUGCCGUCCCAUUGGUUGCUACGAUGAGAUGCACAUGUGCGAUGGCAUACAUGAUUGCCUGGACUCCAGUGACGAAGCUAAUUGUACUGAAACCAAAAGCGAUAACCACCCGCUCAGUGGUUGGAAGGACCUUUCCGAAUGUGCUCCAUUUGAAUUUGCCUGCACAGAUCCUUUCGAGUGCAUUCCCGAUUUUUUGCGCUGUGACACCAUACCUCACUGCUUCGACAAGACGGACGAAGAGAAUUGCACAAAGCUGCAUCCCACAAGAUUUGAUUUGAACGAGACUGUCAUUUGUGAGCACCCAGAUCGCAUGUGUGGGGACAAAUGCGUAACGGUGAGUCAGCUUUGCGAUGGCCACAAUGACUGUGAGGACACGACUGAUGAGGGCUUUCUAUGCCUGGACGAUAUUUGUUCCACUCAAAAUGAAUGCUCGCACUACUGCCAUAAUACUCCUGAGGGCUUCAUAUGCUCUUGUCCCCCGCACAUGUUCCUGCAGCCGAAUGGGCGGCGUUGUAGCAUGCAACACGCCUGCCAGCAUUGGGACACCUGUUCACAGAUAUGUGAGACUAUGGGCAAGGCCUACGCUUGCCGUUGCCAUGAUGGUUUCGAAUUGGCCUACGAUAAGUUCACGUGCAAGAGCACCGCUGAAGACGAUCCUUACGUCAUUUUCACGAAUCGUCAGGACAUUCGUGGCAUUAAUCUGAAAACUUCGAGUGCCAAUAAUUUCUACACAUCCCUGCGUAACAUAAUUGCUCUAGACUUUCUCUACACCAACGAGUCGGUCGAAAUUUAUUGGACGGACGUAAUUGAUGAUAAGAUCUAUCGAGGUCAAUUGGUUGGCGAGAGUCUUCGGAAUGUGGAAGCCGUUGUGCACUCAGGGCUGUCCACCACAGAGGGAUUGGCUGUGGAUUGGAUAGGUCGCAAUCUCUAUUGGAUUGAUUCGAAUCUUGAUCAAAUCGAGGUGUCCAAGCUAAAUGGCAGCUUUCGACGAACACUGAUUGCUGGCAACAUGGAAAGCCCUCGAGCAAUUGCUUUGGAUCCACGCGAGGGCUUGCUUUUCUGGACCGAUUGGGAUGACAACUCGCCGCGCAUUGAACGCUGCAGUAUGGCAGGCGAAGGUCGUCGACUGAUCUCCACCAGCUGGCAGCUAAGUGCCGGCUGGCCGAAUGGCCUAACCCUAGAUUAUACACAAAAACGUGUCUACUGGGUUGAUGCGAAAUCUGAUUCCAUAACGACCACGAAAUAUGAUGGCACAGAACAUCAUGUAGUGUUGCGUAAUAAAGACAUACUAUCGCAUCCUUUUGCCAUAUCUGUGUUUGAGAACUUCGUCUACUGGACGGAUUGGCGCACUACAUCAGUGAUACGGGCCAAUAAGUGGAACGGUAGUGACGUUCAAGUUAUGCAACGAACCCAAACCCAACCAUUCGGCAUACAGGUAUUACAUUCGAGUCGUCAGCCUUGGCAAGGCAACCCCUGCGGAGAAAACAAUGGCGGAUGCUCGCAUCUUUGUCUGCUCAGUGGAAAAGGUACUUACAAGUGUGAGUGUCCGCAUGUGAUGCGACUGGAUCCGUCAAACGAGCGGGAAUGUGUGCCCAAUGAGCAGGUUCUGCUCUUUGUCAUGGGCGACGAGAUUCGUGGAAUCGAUUUACAACAACCGAAUCAUCAUACAAUACCGACCAUCAGGCAAUCCCCGAGGCUUGUUGCACCACAACGCAUUGAUUUUCUUGUUGAGGAAGGACGAAUAUAUUGGUCGGAUAUACAACAGAAUGAAAUAUCUAUGGCAGGCAUUUCGAAUGGAAUCAUCGAGCCUAUUAUCAAUACAAACAUUGAGAAACCAUAUGGCUUCGCCAUCGACUGGAUUGCAAAGCAUAUGUACUUCUCCUCCGGUGUUACGCAUUGCAAGAUUCUCGCAAGCAAUUUAAAGGGGGAGUACGUUACAAAUAUCAUUGAGCAAGGCCUGAACAUUGUCGAGAGCAUCGUACUUGAUCCAGCUAAUGGCAAAAUGUAUUGGAUACAUUCAAAGCACGAUGCCACGCUCUGGCAGCUAGAGCAGGCGAAUCUGGAUGGUUCCGGUCGUAGUGUUAUUUACGAGCACGACAACAGCUUACAGAGCUUGACCAUGGAUUUUGAUUCACAGCGUUUGUACUACGCCUAUGAUAAUUCAGGUAUUGCGUACUACGAUAUACCACGAAAUGAAACGCACAAGGUUUUGGUGGCUAGUCAAAUCACCUCGAUCAGUUCGGUAACGGUUUACAAUGGCACGUUAUACUUUCCGGAAAACAUACAAAGCGUAAUCAUGCAUUGUGAGAAGGAACAAUGCUUAAAUAUGUCAUUCCUUCGCGUCAAUACAAAAAGCAUACAAAGUAUGAAGAUGUUCCAUGCCGAAGCGCAGACGGGCACCAACACCUGUGCUGGGCCUUUUCGCGGUGGUUGCGAACAGCUCUGUCUAGCCACAUCGCCCACCGAACACGUUUGUCGCUGUGCACUUGGAUAUGAUGUGGAACCCAACAAUCCCACGCGUUGCGUACCCCGUGCCGAGUUUAUUUUCUAUUCCAUAGAUGUAUUAUAUGGCGUUGAAAUGAUCGAUCCCAGUGAACAAUUUAACCCACCGCAACCAGCACUCGUUCCCAUCUCACGCAUUAGCUCGGCCAGUUUUAUUGAAUAUCAUGCUGCCACAAAUAUGCUCUACUGGGGCGAUAAUGAAGUUGGCACUAUAUCGCGCGUGCGUCGUGAUGGCACGCAAAGACAGACGGUCCUGGAGGCCAUUAAUUUAGCCGGUUACAAGCAGCAGGAUUGGUUGGGUGGUUUUGCGAUAGAUUGGGUGGCAGGAAACAUUUACUGGAGCGAUACCAAACGCAAUUUGAUUGAAGUGUCUCGUCUGGAUGGUACCCAUCGCUAUGUGGUCGUCUCGAAUGUGGAAAAACCUACAGCCUUGGCCGUGGAUCCGCAGCAGGGCUUACUCUUCUAUGUCACACAACAUCACAUUGGACGUACCGGUCUAGAUGGAAGUCAGCCGUUUGUGCUGGUCAAUCAAACGCGCAAUAAUGUGGCUGUUACCAGUCUUAUCUUGGACAUAGAUGCCACUAAGGUGUACUGGGCCGAACGUCAUCCGAAUGCGAUUAUGAAAGUUGACUACGAUGGAAAUUUGCGCCAGCUACUUCUUAAUGAUACGCUUAAUGAUACGGUAGCGCUGGCCAAGAUGGGAGACUAUUUAUAUUGGGCAGAGAAUAAUUACCAUGUGGGAGCCAUUAAAGUGGCGCCGCUUUCCAAUCUCAGCGAUGCACGCCCAAUACUGCAAACCGAGGAGGAUGCUAUACGUGAUCUCAAGAUUUACUCGCAGCGCGUGCAGAAGGGCACCAAUCCAUGUGCCGCUAACAAUGGCGGGUGCGAGCAGCUGUGCCUCUUCAAUGGCACCAGCGUCGUUUGCGCAUGCGCACACAGUCGCCUGGCCGCCGAUGGCUAUAGUUGCGAGCCCUAUGACAAUUUUCUGCUCUUCAGCUAUCGUAGCAUCAUUGAGAGCAUACACAUGACGGAGCAUGCCAAUAAAAACUGGCCAGUACAGUUAAUACAAAAUGCAACUCUCAUGCGCAACGUGAUCGCCAUUAGCUACAACUAUGAGGCACAGCUGAUUUUCUACUCGGAUGUACAGUUGAGCACAAUCAAUGCAGUACACUUCAAUGGCACUGGGCAGCGCGUGUUGGUAACACAGCAAGGACGCGUCGAGGGAUUGGCGUACGAUAUCGUGAAUGAACAAUUGUUCUGGACGUCGAACAACGAUGCUUCUAUUCGGACCUUGGAACUAUUGCACUUGCGCAAAACAGCAACUGCAGACGAGAAUGCUCAGCAUGUGCGUCUUCUGCUUAGUUUGCAGCCCAAGGACAAGCCACGUGGCAUAGCCGUGGAGCCCUGCAUGGGUAUGAUCUAUUUUACAAACUGGAAUGAGGAAGCACCGGCUAUUCAGCGAGCAUUUGUCACUGGGUAUGGUGUGGAGCGCAUUAUACGCACAGAUAUUAAAAUGCCCAAUGCAUUGACAUUGGACUUGGAGGAGCAAAAAUUGUAUUGGGCCGAUGCGCGUCUAGACAAAAUCGAGCGCGCCAAUUAUGAUGGAACACAACGUGUGGUCUUGGCACACUCGACCCCCAAACACGCUUUUGCUAUGGCGGUGUACGGUGACUUGCUCUUCUGGACGGAUUGGGUGCUGCAUGCUGUUGUCCGAGCCAACAAAUACACCGGCACAGAUGUCGUUUUCCUACGAGAGCAUGUGGCUCGACCUAUGGGAAUUAUAGCUGUGCAGAACAGUAGCAUCAAUUGUGACUCGAAUCAAUGUAAAAUUCUAAAUGGCAUGUGCGAAGAUGUGUGCAUUUUGAGCAAAAAUGGAUUGGCCAGCUGCCAAUGUACCCAAGGGGUACUGGCGCCAGAUGGCCAUCGUUGCAUUGCUCCCGUGUCGACAACAUGCGGCAAAUCACAAUUCAAUUGCCACUCCGGCGAUUGCAUACCCUUAGAGUUGACGUGCGACAAUGUAACCCACUGCCCCGAUGGAUCAGAUGAGGCCCGAAGUUAUUGCAUCAUACGCGAAUGCCCCCCGACCCAUUUCAUGUGCCAGAACCAUCGUUGCAUUCCCAAAGCGCACACCUGUGAUGGGCAGCAGCAAUGUGGCGAUGGCAGCGAUGAGUCUCCACUGUUAUGCAAAUGUACGGCGAAUCAGUUUCGUUGUGGCAGCGGGGAGUGCAUCGAUAAGGAGCACUUAUGUGAUAAUCGACAUGACUGCCGUGACGCCAGUGAUGAGAAGCACUGUGCGCCGCGUGAGUGCGAGCAGGGUGAUACCCUUUUCAUUCAUUGUGCAAAUAGUACCGCCUGCAUACUACCUCGAUUUAUUUGCGACGGAGAAUCUGACUGUCCCGAAGGUACAGAUGAGUUGGGCUGCGGCGAUGUGUCAAAGACGACCUGUAGCAUGACCCAGUUUCGUUGUGGCAAUGGCCGUUGCAUUGAUGCCAACUGGCGAUGUGAUGGCGAGAAUGAUUGCAAUGAUAUGCCCGGCAAGGCGGGUCAGCCAGGCGGCGAGGGUUCCGAUGAGUUUGGCUGUCGUACAGCCUGUAAAAUGAAUGAAUUUCAUUGCGACUCUGGCUGCAUACCCAGCAGUUGGCAAUGCGAUGGCAAACAGGACUGCGAGGACGGCUCCGAUGAGGGACCACAGUGUCCAAAUCGUCCAUGUCGGGCGCACUUGUUCCAAUGCAAAAGCAGCGGUCGUUGCAUACCACAGAAGUGGGUAUGCGAUGGAGAACCUGAUUGUCCGGGAACUCCGGACCAGGGUCAAGAAGAUGAAGGACCGCAUUGCGGCAGUGGAAGUGUGGCGCGCAUUCCUGAUUGCCCGCCACCGGCUUUCGUUUGCUCAAAUGGUCAGUGUAUCGAUUCCCAUUACGUAUGCGAUGGCGAUGUCGAUUGUCCCGGCGGUGAUGAUGAGUACGUGGGUUGUGAGUCCACCUACACGGCUGGAGCUUGUCCGGGGGUCAACAGUGCAGUGAUGCAUCAGUGUACGGAUGGAAUGUGCAUUUUCAAGAAUCAAACCUGUGAUGGACAUGCCGACUGCAGUGAUGGAUCUGACGAAUCGGGAUCUCUAUGUGCUCAUACGCGUGCUUGCAAUGGAGCCGAUGACUUCCGUUGCAAGAAUGGUGCAUGUAUAAGCGCCGAUUUGCUCUGUGAUCGACGCAACGACUGUGCUGAUUACUCCGACGAGGAGUUAUGCAAUUUGAACGAAUGCCUAAUUCCAGAUGUGUGCGAGCACGAAUGCGUAGAUAAGGUCGUGGGCUAUGAGUGUCGUUGCCGGCCAGGCUUUAAACUAUUGCCUAAAAGCAUGUCGCUGUGCGCAGACAUCGACGAGUGCCACGAACACCAUCCUUGUUCGCAAAUGUGCGUCAACACCUACGGUUCAUAUAAGUGCCUAUGCAGCAAGGGCUAUGAACUGCACGAUCAUCAUACCUGCAAGGCCACCAGUAACGAGACCAUGAAAUUAAUAUUUUCUAAUCGCUACUACAUACGGCAGGUGAAUGUAACGGGAAAUGGCACCAUACUGAUACAUCAGUUGAGCAAUGCGGUAGCUUUGGACUUCGAUUGGGAUACGCAAUGCUUAUUUUGGUCAGAUGUUACCUCCACGGUGGCGAUGAUCAAACGGUAUUGUCCAGUGGAAAACAAGACACAGACAUUACAUCAGGCAAUGCUCAAGAAUCCAGACGGUCUGGCUGUAGAUUGGGUUGCGAAGAAUUUGUAUUGGUGCGAUAAGGGUCUGGACACGAUUGAGGUCAGUCAGCUGGACGGUAAAUACAGGCGCGUGUUGAUCAGUGAGCAGCUUCGUGAACCGCGUGGUGUGGCUCUAGAUCCCUAUCAGCGACACAUUUAUUGGUCCGAUUGGGGUGAUAACCCACACAUUGGCAAGGCAGGCAUGGACGGAUCCCAGCAGCGUAUUAUUGUUCGCGAUAAUUUGGGAUGGCCCAAUGCCUUGACCAUAUCCUUCGAGACUCAGCAACUCUUCUGGGGCGACGCACGAGAGGAUACAAUUUCUGUGAGUGAUCUGGAUGGCAACAAUACGCGAGUGCUGCUCGCGCGUAGUAUUAACCCGCAUUUGAACCUCCAUCACAUAUUCGCCAUUGCCGUGUGGGAAGAUAAAAUCUACUGGUCCGAUUGGGAGACCAAAUCCAUUGAAUAUUGCAACAAGCACGAUGGUCAGAACUGUUCGACCCUCAUUACCACAAUUCAUCGGCCCAUGGACUUGCGUGUCUUCCAUCCAUAUCGCCAGCAACAGCCAUCUACGGGCAAUCCCUGCCUGACGGCUAACUGCUCAACGCUCUGUCUGCUGUCUCCCGAGGAGCCGUACUUCAAGUGUGCGUGCCCCAACAACUUCAUGCUGGCAGAGGAUGGACGCACGUGUCGUGCCAACUGCACCGCCGCGCAUUUUGAAUGCGUGAAUACUUAUAAGUGCAUUCCCUUCUAUUGGCGUUGUGACACCCAAGACGACUGUGGGGAUGGCUCUGAUGAGCCAGAGUCCUGUCCACCGUUCCACUGCGAGCCAGGGCAGUAUCAAUGUGGAAACAAGAAAUGCAUACACCCGUCAGCCAUUUGCGACGGUGUCAAUCAGUGUGGCGAUAGUACGGACGAGUUGAAUUGUGAUAAAUUCACCUGCUUCGAGCAUCAUUUGAAGUGCGAAGCGACUGCCAAUAGUACUGCCUUCUGUGUGGACAACGUGAAACGUUGCGAUGGCGUUCGUGAUUGCCCGGGCGGCGAGGACGAAAAUGGUUGUACGCUACUCAUCUGCAAAAAGGAUCAGUUCCAAUGUGGAAACAACCGCUGCAUGCCGUAUGUGUGGGUCUGUGAUGGGGACAUCGAUUGCCCAGACAAGUCAGACGAGGCCAACUGCGAAGAGGUCUCGUGUGCACCCAGCGAUUUUAAAUGUAAGUCGGGUCGGUGCAUUCCUCUUUCCUGGCGUUGCGACGAUGAAGAGGAUUGUCCGGAUGGCGAAGAUGAGCCCCCCACUUGCCACACCUCUAAGGCCACUUGCGAUCCCACGUACUUCCAGUGCAACAACUCCAAAUGUAUACCGGGUCGUUGGCGUUGCGACUACGAAAACGAUUGUGGAGAUGGCAGCGAUGAGUUGCAUUGCCAAAUGCGCAACUGUUCGGAGAGCGAGUUCCGUUGCGGCACCGGAAAGUGCAUCAAGCACGAUUAUCGUUGCGAUGGCGAAAUACAUUGUGAUGAUAACAGCGACGAGAUCAAUUGCAACAUAACGUGCAAAGCCAACCAGUUUAAGUGCGCCGCCUUCAACACUUGCAUCAAUAAGCAGUACCAAUGCGAUGGUGAUGAUGACUGUCCCGAUGGCUCCGAUGAAGUGAACUGCACUUGCCCCGCCGAUCAUUUCACCUGCGGCAAUGGGAAGUGCAUUAUGUCGCGCUGGAAAUGCGAUGGCUGGGAUGACUGCCUCGAUGGCAGCGAUGAGAGCUUUGCGACCUGUGCCCAUGUGCAUUGCCAUGCAAAUGCCUUCAAGUGCUCCAAUCUUAUUUGCAUUCGCAAGUCUGCUUUGUGCGAUGGCGUCAAUGAUUGCGGCAAUCGAGAGGACGAGUCGGACGAAGUGUGUGCGGCAUUGCCGAAAUGCCGUCACGAUCAAUUCCAGUGCGAAAAUGAUGAUUGUAUAACGAAAAUGUUCCGAUGCGAUGGGCAAUACAAUUGCAUCGAUGGCUCCGAUGAAAUGAAUUGUCAGCCACCGGUCUGUGGCUUUGGAACGUGCUCGCAAAUCUGCAUAGAAAAGAAGGCUGGCCACUAUAACUGCAAAUGUACGGCGGGCUAUCACAAGGGCCCGCAAAAGAAUGCCACCUGCCUGGCUUCAGGACCGGAUCAAAUCUUGUUGCUGGCCUCUGAGCAAGAGUUUCGAUUCAUAUUGCCAGCCAAGCAGGAGGGCACCACAGUCGUCGGCUUCUUUCAGACGGACAGCUUGAAGAUUGAUGUAUUCGAUAUACUGAUACGGCCCAAAGAUACGCUAUUAUUCUGGAUUGACUCGCACCAUGGCAAGGUGCACACGAUGAAAAUUGCCACGCCCCAUGUAGAGGGCGCCGGUGUGCGUGUGCGACGGGACCUUAAGGAGCUUACUGCUUUUAAUAUACCCGAUCUAGAUGAUCCCAAAUCGUUGGCUGUAGACUGGAUUACGCAAAUGGUGUACAUCAUCGAUUCACGUCACAAUCAAAUUCUAGCAACUGAUAUUGAUGGCAAGAAGUACAUUUCGCUGGUAUCAACUGGCAUGAAUCCCACUGAUAUUGUGCUGGAGCCUGAGUCUCGAAUUAUGAUUUGGUCCACCCUGGAGAAUGGCAUACUGGUAGCCUCGCUGGAUGGCAGCAACAAGAAGAGUCUUGUGGAACGUGAUGUGGGCUGGCCCAUCAGCUUGUCCAUCGACUAUCCCACAGGUCGUCUCUAUUGGGCAGACUAUCGCAAGGGAACCAUCGAGACCUGUCGUCUUAAUGGAAAGGAUCGCAAUGUUGUGCGACGUUUCGCCAACAAGGAGAAGCCUCAGAAAAUCGACGUAUUUGAGGAUUAUCUGUACAUCAAGUUAUACGAUCAAAGCAUUAUCAAGAUGAACAAGUUCGGCAACGAUAAUGGCACCUACUUGCUCAAAGGCUACCGAUCCUCGGACAUUGGCAUCCUGCAUCCCAUGAAGCAGAAUCGAAACAUUACCAAUCCCUGCGCUAAGGAGCCUUGCAAGGCAGCACAUGCGCUCUGCAUACUCUCCACGGAAACUUCCAGCGGCUACAGCUGUAAGUGCGCCAAUGAUUUUAUCAUGGCCGAUGAUGGCACUUGCAAAGCCCAUGCGGACAUACCAGACUAUUGUCCACUGAAGUGCAAUCUGGGCAGUUGCCAGCUGGUGGAUCAUGUUCCCAAAUGCGUAUGUCAGCCUCAAUUUGAGGGAGAAUUCUGUGAGCAUUACCGCUGUUCCGGCCAUUGCUUGAACUUUGGUCUGUGUACGGUGGCCCCACAUGUGCCGGGCUCAUUGGAACCGCCCCCUUUGAAGUGCAGCUGUACGCCCGGUUGGUCGGGCGCACGUUGCGAGACCUCAGUGCCGGAAUGCCAGAGUCGUUGUCACAAUGGCGGCUCCUGUCUCAUCACAGAGACGGCAGGCAUGAAGUGCACCUGCCCCGAUUUAUAUUUUGGCGAGCAAUGCGAACACUGCAUUAACUUAACCUGCGAACAUGGCGGGAUCUGCCGCGAAACGCUGACUGGCACGCCCCAAUGCGAAUGCCCCGAUGGCUAUUCGGGAAAGCGCUGCGAGAUUAACGAAUGCGAUGAUUACUGCCAAAACGGAGGAAUUUGUAGCAUUGGCGCUAAGGGGCAGCGACAAUGCCGUUGUCCCCAUGGAUACUACGGCGACCGUUGCGAAACCGAUUCGUGCAGCGACCUGUGCCUGAAUGGUGGCAGCUGCAUUAAGGAGAAUCACCUCUUCAGCUGCAAGUGCCCGGCGCGCUACAUCGGCGAGCAUUGCGAGGUGGACUUGUGCAAUACCUCCAGUCCCCCACGGUUCUGUGAAACAAACUCUAGGGAUUGCACUGCCAUCAUUUGCUUGAAUGGCGGCACUUGCCAUAUGGUCAAGGGCUUAGCCGUUUGCAAUUGUACGAGCCAAUGGAACGGAGAUUUCUGUACACUGCCCGUGGGUGAGGAUAAUCCGUGUGUACGCUAUUGCACAAACGGCGGAGUUUGCCAUUUGAACGAAUUCGGCCAGCCCCAUUGCAGCUGCAUUGGCGAGUGGGAGGGCAGCCAAUGCAAUAAGCCCCCGCGUUGCGUCAGCGAGUGCGGAGUGUGUCGCACUGGCAGCUCCAUCAAUGAGUGCUUGUGCGAUAAUGGUGCGGUUGAGCCCUGUCUGGCCGAUAGCGCGGAUACGUUAAGCGGGGAGCAUCAACAGCAGCAGGAGCCAUCGGCCAAUUUAUUGUCGGUGCUUGCCGUAACACUCGCUGUGGCCUUUUUGGUUUUAGCGCUGUUUGGUGCCGCAGUCUAUUUCCUGAAAAAACACCGCAUUGCACAGCCCUUCUCGCAUGCACGUCUCACAGAUAAUGUGGAGAUUAUGCUGACCAAUCCAAUGUAUCGCGGCGACGCCGAUGAGGCGCCGCCAUUUGUACACGAGGACGAUAAGGGUAACUUUGCCAAUCCGGUGUAUGAAUCCAUGUACGCCGAUGCUAUUGCCGAGCCAGCCAAUACGGAAAUUGCUCACAGCACUGGACCCGAUGAGCGGAAUUGUCUAUUGCAGCACACACACGACGAGACCCAUACGCCCGACAUACUCUGAUGAUUGACCCGCCAGGAGCUAAGCUAAAGGCGCAUACUCACACAGCAACUAAGAAAUAUGAGAACACGAACAAAAAAGGACUGAUAGCGUAGCCAUAUUACGAAUUUUUUAAAUGUUAUAAAUUAUCUUUUCCUUGUUUCCUUUCGGCCGACCAUCCAAAGAAAGAAAGAGCUGCUGGAAUGCAGCUUAGGCAGCUUAUGCAGCUUCUUAUGCAUAUGUCCUUAUCUUAGAUACAUUCUUGUCAUUUGUUUAAGAGCUUUUACAAGUAUAUUUCCAUGUGUUUUUAUUAUCGUUUAAGUUUUUUAAUACUCAGCCAUUUUUGUACAUUUAUAUUAGGGUUAGUUUCUAAAGCAACUCAAUGCAGCUCAAAAACUUUGUACAUAUUAUGAAAAUUGUUUCUAUUGAUUGUUAACAGCCUAGUUAACAUUUUAAAACGAGCAAUAACCAUUAUUUUGUGAACAAAAAGCGCCAACAAGAAAUUGUAAAAACAUACGUACCAUAUGUUUUUAGAUUGACCAAAAAUGCAUUUAAUUUCAGUUUUAAUACAAGCGAAUAAUUGACUAGCAACUUGAUGAGCCUUUCAUAGAACUAGAUACUCUUUUAUAUGGUACAUUAAAUAAUGUAUAGUUUACACACAAACUAAAAUAAACAUGCCAUUUCGUGUAAAAAAAUUAAAGGCUCAGAUUAUUUAUAUUUAUUGUUAACAGCCUAGAAACAUUUUAAAACCAGCAAUAAUCAUUUUGUGAACUAGACUGCCAAUUUCCAUACAAACGAAUAAUUGACGAACAAACUGAUGAGCCCAUCAUAUAAAUAGAUACUCUUUUACAUAAAAUUAUGUAUAGUUUGCACAACAAAUAAAAUAAAAAAGCAAUUUCUUGUAAAAAAAAAAAAACAAAACAUAAACAAUGCUCAGAUAAAAGCCAAAUUUUAAAUCUAAAGAAUGUAAAAAUUAAAUACACAUCAACUAAAUAUGUAUGUAUAAGAAAUCGUUAAUAGAACGUAUUAAAUGAUAUGCACUAAAAACACCCAAAAGCAAUUGUAAAAAAUAAAAAAUAACUUUACAUAUUAGACACUAAAAAA